CUCUGUCAUAAUAAUCUCUCUAUUUAAAGACCCUCUACGGUUUCAGUUUGUACAAAAAGAUCAAAAAAUGGCUCUUCCUACGAAUCACUCGCUCCUUCUUCCAGCACUGCUCAAAGGUUCUAAGACCUCCAUCAAUCCUUCCUUCACUAUCUCUCCUAAGUCGCCUCUGACCAUCUCUGAGACCUUCUCCAGGUUGAAGAAACAAAGAAAAGUUGGAUUCAUACCUUACAUCACUGCUGGAGAUCCGGAUUUAUGUACGACAGAGAAAGCAUUGAGAUUGUUGAGCUCCUGCGGUGCAGAUCUCAUUGAAGUGGGCUUGCCUUACCCUGAUCCCAUCUUAGAUGGUCCGGUGAUUCAGGCUUCUACAAUUCGGGCAUUGACCAAUGGGGUCAAUUUUCAGGCCAUUAUUUCAAUGCUAGGAAAGGUAGUUCCUGAACUAUCAUGUCCAAUCAUUUUGUUUUCCUAUUAUAAUCAGAUAAUGAAAAUUAAUCAAGAAAGUUUCAUGUCUGCUUUGAAUUAUGGAGGCAUUCAAGGACUUAUUGUGCCAGACCUUCCUUUUGAGGACAUUGGGAGUUUAAAGAAGAGGGCUAAUAAGAAGAAUAUUGAUUUGGUCCUAUUAGCUGCACCAACUACUUCAAAUUAUCGACUGAAAGCCAUUGUUGAUGCUAGUGAUGGUUUUCUCUACCUUGUUAGCACAACUGGAGUUACAGGUGCUCGUUCAAAUUUGAAUUCACAAGUACAAUUUCGAUUGGAAGAACUUAAAAAGGAAACCUCAAAACCCAUAGCAGUUGGAUUUGGAAUAUCAAAACCAGAACAUGUAAAGCAGCUAUCAAUAUGGGGAGCAAAUGGUGUGAUUGUGGGCAGUGCCAUUGUCAAGCUAUUAGGAGAAAGUAAAUCCUCUGAAGAAGGAUUAAGACUUGUGGAGACGUUUACAAAAUCCUUAACUUCUGCACUACCUUGAAAACCAAUUUAAUCAAAUUAUAUUCUAUUUUUAGUUAUUUUUUGCUAAUAAAUCGUUUGUAAGAAAAAGUAUUUAUCAAAUAAAUCAUGAUUUUUCAAAUGCUU